AUGGCACCUGGAAAGAAGGCCUCCUCGCACAAGGCUUCGGGCCCCCGCGUUGCUAAAUCAAACCCGCGGACAGCGUUCCUUGAAGGGAAACUCACGCUACUAUGGCUUUGUUUCAAGAACAAGAAAGGCCCCGUCGACUGGAAAGCAGUUGGCGAGGCCUACGGAAUCACUGCUACGGCCGCCCAAUACCGCUUCUACCGUGUCCGCGACUUCAUGAAGUCUUUUGCGCCUCCUGAAAAAGAGUCCGACUCGGAUGGUGCCACUGGAGACGACAAUGGCGACAAUGAGCCUGUUACGGCCAAGAUCAACAUCGCGUGCCAAAAGUCUCUUUCCACUACAACAGAUCCUGACGUCCACGAUGAGCACAACGACGAACAUUACAACGAAAAUUCCACCGACAGUGACUUGAAGGAGAUUUCCCCAGGGACUCCCAAGAAGACAACCUCACUAUGA